ACAACAUGAGCGCCGCCGCGGGCCCCUCCGCCGCCGCCGCCGCGCCCGUCGCGCACAACGCGCUGCCGCCGCCGUCCUCCGCCUCGACCGCCCGCAUCGCGACGCACUCGCACAUCAAGGGCCUCGGGCUCUCCCCCGAGGGCUUCGCGGUCGCGGACGCCGCGGGGUUCGUGGGGCAGGGGAAUGCCAGGGAGGCAUGCGGGGUCGUAGUCGACCUCAUAAAAUCACGCAAAUUCUCGGGACGGGCGUUACUCCUCGUCGGCGCGCCCGGAACGGGCAAAACCGCGCUCGCGUUAGCAAUAUCACAAGAACUGGGGUCAAAAGUACCGUUCUGCCCGAUGGUGGGCUCGGAGGUGUACAGUACAGAGGUGAAAAAAACGGAAGUGCUCGCGGAGGCGUUCCGGCGAGCCAUCGGGCUGCGGAUAAAGGAGACGAAGGAGGUGUACGAGGGCGAGGUGACGGAGCUGACGCCGGCGGAGGCGGAGAACCCGCUGAGCGGGUACGGCAAGACGGUCUCGCACGUGAUCGUCGGGCUGAAGACGGUGAAGGGGACGAAGCAGCUGCGGCUCGACCCGAGCAUCUACGAGGCGAUCCUGAAAGAGAAGAUCGUCGUGGGCGACGUGAUCUACAUCGAAGCCAACACGGGCGCCGUCAAGCGCGUGGGCCGCUCGGACGCGUACGCGUCGGCGUACGACCUCGAGUCGGAGACGUACGUGCCGCUGCCGAAGGGCGACGUGCACAAGCGCAAGGAGCUCGUGCAGGACGUGACGCUCGGCGACCUCGACGCCGCGAACGCGCGCCCGCAGGGCGGGCAGGACAUCAUGAGCGUCAUGGGCAGCCUCGUCAAGAGCGGGCGCACCGAGGUGACCGACAAGCUCCGCCGCGAGGUGAACAAGGUCGUCAAGGGCUACGUCGACCAGGGCGUCGCGGAGGUCGUGCCCGGGGUGGUGUUCAUCGACGAGGUGCAUAUGCUCGAUAUUGAGUGCUUCACGUACCUGAAUGCGCUGCUCGAGUCGCCCAUGGCGCCCACUGUCAUCUUCGCGACGAACCGCGGCAACUCGCUCGUGCGCGGCACGCAGGACAUCGUCGCGCCGCACGGCAUCCCCGUCGACCUGCUCGACCGAUGUCUGAUAGUCAAGACGGAGACGCACACGCAAGAGCAGAUCGCCAAGGUGCUGCAGCUGCGCGCGAACGUCGAGGGGCUGAAGCUCGGACCCGGCGUGCUGGAGCGGCUGGCUGCAGAGGGCGAACGGAGUUCAUUACGAUAUGCAUUGCAGCUCCUUAUGCCUGGCUCGAUCCUUGCGACGCUCGGGGGCCGCGCGCAGAUCGAGGAGGAGGACGUGUCGGAGAUGUCGGAGCUCUUCUUGGAUGCUAAAACGUCCGCCGGGCUGAUAGGGCAGGCCGGCGGCGGGUACGAUGCUGACAAAAUGAUAUAGAGUCCCAAGUCCCGAGUGCGGUGCUACGACCAAUCCACAAGAGACUUGGUGCUUGCUUAUCUGCUUGUUUGCUUGCUUGGCGUUUCGUGAGUGGUGAAACUGCUCAGUUGGGCGUGGGGUUAGUGUACCUCGCCUCGGAGGCUCACGGAUCUUGUCCUCUC